AUGAUUCUGCCAUUGACACCUGCAUCACCUUUCCCUAGCAAUAGAGGGGCAGUGCCGUCGAUGUCAUCAUGGUUACAGCUGGGGCCGUCAGGCCACCACUCCGGCCUAGUGGUGGAAGGCCGGGGUCUACAAGUGGCAGCUGCACAGCCAACAGUAGACCCGCGCAGCUGGUCGCGGGAGCACGUGUCGCUGUGGCUGCACCAGAUGCAGGCGCAGCACGGCCUGCCGCACGUGCCUGCGGACCGUUUCCUCAUGAACGGCAAGGCGCUCUGCCUCAUGACCGUCGACAUGUUCCUCGGCCGCGUCCCGCUGGGCGGCAAGCUGCUCUACAAGGAUUUCCAGCUGCGCCUCGGCCGCGCCAUGCACUCCUGCAGCUGA